AUGCCCACAGACGGAGAGGGCCAUUUUUUCGCGGUCGACACCUCUCCCAGUGACGCCGAGCGAGUGGUGAAGGUAGAACAAGCCCAGGCGGCUCACCCGACCCGUUCUGGCUUGAAUCUUCAGCAACCACAAGCCUUGUCAUUCCCAUUCGCCUCUGUCUCGCGCGACAGUGCUCAAUUUCGGUUCGGUUUACCUGCGACAGCGUCUAGGACGGCCAGUCAACACAGCGGCCACUCUACACCAGCAAUGUCGGCGUCAGUCAGUGCAGGGCUCAACUGGCCUGCUGGGACACCUUCUUACACAAUUUCUGCCCAAGACUACGACGAGGAAGACGACGAAGGGCUCGAUGACACACCUUUCAAUGCCAAGGGUGGAAAAGACAAGGCCGUUAGGCGUCGAAGUAGUAAGGCCUGCGACCAAUGUCGCAAAAGUAAAUGCAAAUGCGAGCGGUCAACACCGGAGGGUCCUUGUCGCAACUGUACUGCACUCAAAACAGGCAAAACCGUAGAUUGUACGUUUCUUGGUCCAUCACGCAAACGUGGUCCACCAAAAGGCUACAUUGAUGCGAUAGAGGCCCGUCUCCAUCAAACCGAGGCUCUUGUUGGCAUUCUCCUUGCGGCUGGUGGUGUUCGUAUUCUCAACGAAAAUAUCGACGCACGCGGAAGACAGGUGACCAGGCAUGGGAUCGAUGAACGAGCCAAGGAACUCAUGGCAGAUAUGGCAGAGGAUCCCGUUGCAAGGGCAAUUCUUGUGAGAAUCGAUCAGAGUGCCUAUGGACCUUCAGGACGAAGCGGUAUGGUCUCUACUGGUUCUGCAAGUGGAAGAGGCAGUCCAGUUGGCAAGAUACGAGGCAAUGGAGCAAGUUCUGAAGUUGGUGAUCUCGGGAGCAUGCACCCGUCGCAUGAAUGGAUGGAUCGGGUCACCGAAUCAUUGCUUCGGCGGGCUCAAACACGACGCGAAAAGCAAGAGCAACAAUCUACUACUUCACCCCACUCGCCGACUCGUCACCCAGAUGGGUUGUCUCCAUAUGGGUAUUCUUAUCAGCAAAUGCCCCAUUCUCAGCCCCCGCAACGGCCUGCCAUUAUAACUGCUCUCAACGAGACCAAUAGGCAUCCCUACCCCCAUUCCGCUGGCCCGCUUGGUGACAAACGAGUGCAUUCUGCCGGUGCAGACGCUCCUUCAUAUUAUUCAAAGCAUUUGCCUUUGUCGGCCGCUGUGGAUGGUCGUCCCAUGCCAUUCGAUGCUGGUGGAAACGCAAGACGAGUGAGGAGGAGAGUGGGUGGUGGAGUGGAAACAGGGGCAUAUUACAGUGCCCGACCGACCUCUCCCGAAGCAUCGGACAGCGACUCUGAUCUUGAUUUGGAUAUUCCAGAACAGGAACAUCGAAGUCGAGAACGCGAGGCCUCGAGCUCCCGUCUCCGAAGACAAGAUUCAAUGGCGACAGGCUUGGCUGGAGCUGUUGGACAACUGAGUCUGAACGAAGACAAAGAAGUGCGUUAUCAUGGCAAGGCAAGCGGAUUACAUCUGCUUGCGCGACAUCCUGUGCCUUCGUUGUCUCAGGAGCAAGAGGUCACUGUCAAGCGAGAGGAAGACGGCCAGAAUGCGGGCGGUAUUUGGCGGUUUCCGAAAGCCAGAGUAUGGCCUGCGGCUCCACCACCAGAAGAAUGGGAUGCUGAUGGUGUUAUCAAUGGGGACAAAGACGGACUACCUCCUCGAGAUGUUCAAGGAUCAUUGCUUGAGCGUUACUUUGCUCAUGUUCACCCAAGCUUCCCUGUGAUCCACAAACAAUCGAUCAUGGAGGCCUUCUCGCGAGGCGAAGGUCCACCACUCCUGUUACUUGCAAUGUAUGCUCUAGCGGCGCGACACGCUCCACAACCAGCUCACGAGGAAAUCGAAGCUCGUCAAUGCAUGUGGCCUGCUGGUGACACUUUCCUGUUCCGCGCUAAGACGCUACUCGACUCCUCCUAUGCCUCGUCUCGAGCGAGUACAUGCGCUGCAUUACUCCUCUUGGGUUUUCGUGAGAUCGGCAUUGGUGCUAUGGCUCAGGCAUGGACAUAUAUCGGGAUGGCUGUGAGAAUGGCACAGGAUUUGGGGCUGCAUCGUGAUGCUGAUGGGUGGGUCAGGGCGGGAGUCAAGGUCGGGAGAACCGCUGCAAUGGGUGGGGCCGUUGAAGGUGGUACUCCACUCUCAUCACAUGAUGAUGACCGGGAACCUUCUCUUGAACAAGACGAUGGACGCCACCCGAAGGACGGCAAACUGUUUGCUGCCUGGGAGAUUGCCGAACGCAGGAGGAUCUGGUACGCUUGCGUUAUCAUGGACAAAUAUGUCAGCACAUAUAUCGGUCGUCCACUGUCGAUUUGCGAGCGUGAUUACGAUACAUCACUACCCAGCGAGUCUGAUUGCGAGGAAACAGAGCAAUGGUAUACUUCAUCAGAAGCACCUGUACAAAUGCCCCCACGACCUGGUCAUGUUAUUUCUUGCUUCAAUGCGUCCGCUCGUCUUUCCACGAUCCUCAGCCAAAUGCUCCAGUCCAUUUAUGCCCUUCGACCUCAAGGGAGUCGACACGCGGAACUUGUGGUGCUCGAUGGCGAUCUAGAAAAGUGGCGUCUUGCACUCCCUCCGCAUCUGCAGUACGAUCCAGCUGUCCGAAUGAGUGCUGCCGAAGUGCCUCUUCCACCAGUUCUAACCCUACACAUGCAAUAUUGGUGUGCUGUCUUGCUGCUUUACCGACCAUUUAUUCGUCACAACAAGACCAAAAGCCCACUUCUGGACGAUAGCGAUUCACGUGGCCACGCAGAAAAAAGCUACGAGCUUUGCGCAAGCGCUGCGAAUCACAUCACCACCAUCGCAACGUUGUAUUCCGAAACCUACACGCUCAAACACUGUGCCGUCUUCUUGUGCUACUACACCUUCACUGCCAGCAUCAUGCAUGUCACUUCUCUUUUUCUAUAUUCGAAAGAUCCGCAGGCGAGGAUGGGGCUCACCAAGUGCAUGGAGGCUUUGCGAGAAAUGGAGAUCAUCUGGCCGGCUGCUGCGCGGGCUCUCGUGUUACUUCGUGGCGCCCAAACUUCUCUGGUUGAUGUUGCUUCCGAGAUGGACGUCAGCGCGCAUCAAGUUGGGCGAAAACGCUCUGCCACGCAAACGUUGGAUGAUUCCUUUGCUGGAAGAAGCGAUUCAUUUGUUGCCAGUCGACCGUAUGACGAAGUCUACGACAACAACAAUCAUUAUACGAUCCCAUCUCGAGAGUCGUUCUAUGCGCCACCCUCAAACUCGAGUUUUCAGCGGUGGCAGCCUUCUGAAGAAUUGACGUUUCAAGGUGGUGAUGCUGGGCUUUCGACUGCCGUUAUGGGACCAACUUACAGUACCGGCUUGGUUGACGAACGAUCCCGUCAGCCGAGAUAUCCUCACCAACCGCCAACACAACAAUAUUGGGCGUAUUCGGAGCCGACCUAUGCGACUUCGUUGCACCAUUCCGCUACCGAAGACCCACAAAUGUACCAACCUUACAUGUACCGGCAAUAA